UAAAAACGCCCCACCAUACUUCCGUGAAAAGUUAUUAAAGCUAGAAACUUGUUUCGAGAUACUUAUCUGAAUAUACUGAUAGUUAUCUCGUUAUUUCGACAUCUCGUUAUAAUAACCGCAAACUGCAGUUUCCACAAUUCGCCGGCAGAGGCUUCAAACAUCUUGCUGUCAAAGCCCAUGCAGGCUUAUGGACAGAAGGCAGAACAGCCGCAUAAUGCACUAGGCUUUAUAUAUGUCCUCUGCGUGUUACAGUUUCAUUUUGGUCAGAUGUACUGAAAUUUUGUCAUCCCAUUCAGGAAGGAACCGCGAUGGGGAAGCGGCCAGAGACCACCCCUUUCCUGAAAUCAUGUGGCCUGGAAAUCAGGAAGCUGUGAGACAAUUAAGCGUUGCCGCCCUACUUGCAUAGAGGGGAACCCAUGGAAAAAACAUCAGGAGACUGUUUUUCCUGAUCAAUGGUCAUCCUCCAAAAGCUUCCAAGAUGCGUUCCCUCCGGAAGACUGUGUUGCUGGGGAUUGUGGCCUCUGUUCUGUUGGUAGCAGCACUCCUGCGCUCUUGGACGCCACGGGCAUACACCUAUGUAGACGUGAGGCAGAGGCCAGCGAGUGAGGCAGAGAGGCUGCUAGAGGAGAGGCUGGCGGACGGGGAGCAGCGCUACGCCGACAUCCCGUACCGUGUGAAGGAGAGCGUGGCUGGUCUGCUGGCGCGAAACGGAUGCGUGUGCGAGGGUGAGAGCAGAGGUGUGAGGCUGCCCUUCUCCCAGCUGCUCUUCCCACGGGUGUCUGCCCACCCCCUGCACACGGCCUUCAAGGCCUCGGAGCUGGAGGAGAUGAAGCGGCGCAGGGCACAGGAGUACCUCGGCUUUCAGAGAAGGUACCAGACCCCCGCGGAUCUGCUGAUUGUAGCAGAAGCCAACAGUCCCCUGCAGUACCCCACCCAGGGGGUUGAAGUGCGCCCCCUCAAGACCAUUCUGAUUCCAGGACUGGCUUUAGAAGAAACCUCCAAAGAUCUUCACCUGGUGAACUUGACCGCUACGCUGGGUGUGUUCCACCUGGCGGCCGAGGUGGAGGGAGUCAGUGUUAGGGGAGAAGGCGAGAUGCACAUGACCCUCUGGAGCAGUCUGCUCCCCCGUCUGAACAGGCAGCUCCAGUUCGUUACCUAUACCAACACGCUUUUCCACCCAAGCACUGCAGACACAGUGCAGUUUGAGACAGACGGUCACCAAUCAGUCUUCACGAUCAAGGUCCGCCACGGCGUCACCCCGAGACUGUACAACCCCGGUCCCAAAGGAGAAUAUAAUAUCAGUGCCCUGGUCACUAUAGCAACCAAAACGUUCCUCCGCUAUGACAAGCUGCAAGGUCUGAUCGACAGCAUACGCCGUUACUACCCAGACGUCACCAUCGUGGUGGCAGAUGACAGCGAGUAUCCGAAGUCGGUGACCGGGCCCAACAUUGAACAUUACAUCAUGCCCUUCGGAAAGGGUUGGUUUGCAGGAAGGAAUCUGGCUGUGUCCCAAGUUACCACAAAAUACGUCUUGUGGGUAGAUGAUGACUUCAUCUUCACGGCCAACACGAAGCUGGAGAAGCUGGUGGAUGUGCUGGAGAGCACCACGCUAGACCUGGUGGGCGGGGCAGUACGGGAGGCCACGGGCUACACUGCCACAUACCGACACACCAUCUCCAUCGAGGCGGGGGAGGAAGACGGGGACUGCCUGCACAUGAGACGGGGCUUCCACCACGUGGUCCAGGGCUUCCCCAACUGCGUCAUCACCGAUGGCGUCAUCAACUUCUUCUUGGCCCGCACCGACAAGGUCCAGCAAGUGGGUUUCGACCCCCGUCUCGCACGGGUCGCUCACCUGGAGUUUUUCAUCGAUGGCUUGGGCUCCUUUCACGUCGGAUCCUGCGAUGAUGUCAUCGUCAGCCACGCCACCAAGAUCAAGCUGCCCUGGCAGGAGUCGGACAGUGACAAGACCUAUGCCAAGUUCCGCUACCCGUCCGCCUCCUCGGAUGCCAGCCACACCAAGAACGGCCUGCUCUACUUCAAGAACAGGUUCCAGUGCCUGACCCAUAACUGAGCCUUCUCCAUGUUCUGCCUCCUUCACAUCCGUCGCCUGGAUUUCCAGAAGCGCCCUCAGGAGAAAAAGCCAAAUCCUCCUGUAUUCUUUUGGCCGGAUAUUUCCCUCAGUUUCCUGUACUUCCUGUAGUUGGAUGCCCCUCAUCCGCCUACCCACAACUACACCUUGGUGCCAAACUUAUUGCUGUAAAAACCAGUGUUACAUCUGCACAAUUUGGCCUUGAUCUGGAGCGACUGCUGGGUGUGACUCCAGCUCAGAUCUCCAGUUUAACCUGGAUGCCCACAGUUUGGAUCUAAAAGAAAAAAAAUAUCAGUGCAGAUUUUAAGUUUGAAUCUGAAUUAAGGUUAAAAAGUUCUGCAGCUUCCAAAGACAUCUACCACUGCAGCCAGUGUUAGGAACGAUCAUAAUGUUUUGAAUACUCCUUGAAUGAGAAGCUGGAAGUCAGAUCACUAUAUGGAAACAUAGCCUGUGAUCAGCUGUUAUCAUCACACCUGUUUAAUUUUGCACCUGUGUGGCCGCAGAAAUUCAUUUUAAUUCAGUUUAAUAUCCCCCAAAAGCCUACAGGUAAUCAUAUCACAGUUGUUUUUAAAAUCCUCCUUUUACAAAAGCUGUAUUAAAGAUUAUGCUCCUGACAUGAAUAGGUUGUUAAUUUUAAAAUGCGCAUGGAUCUACCCAUAUAAGAAUUGAAAUAUGAGUUUUGCUAGAUUUUAGUUUGAUUGCAUUCUCCAUUUCAGCUGAUAUCGGAUCCAAAUCCUGCUCCUGUAUUGAAUUCUUUUUGGCAGCAGUUCUGAGCUCAGUUCAGAACUGCACUCCGGCCCACCUGAACUGAAAGGCCAGGUUCAACCCAUGUGAGACGAACAGGAGUUUAAAGGACACGCUGUGUCACGGGUGUGUGGACCUGCGUCUGGAGUAGCUUCCCACUGUGUGACUUAAGAGGAGAGCUUGACUGAGAUUCUUCAUUUGCAACAGGCUUGACCAAAGUGUGCAGGCUGCUUCUGGGAUUUCCAUCCAAAAGUGUGUGAUGCAGUGGGUAUGGUCAUAACCCAAAGCUGACACUGAAAAUCUGGCCUACUUUGGCCACAUGCCAUCUGCCCCAGAUAAGGCCGGUUAUAGGCGUGCCAUUCAUCUGUUAUGUUGAGCUUUGCGUUUUUUUGUUUUGUUUUUACAUUUUUUUACUUUCUCCAGCAAGGAUGGGUGACUUUACUUUUUGGAAAACGGUUUUCCUCCCUUUCCCAUCGUCAUACUCGUUUUUGCGGAAAUGAUCAUGACGUUCACGGUGUGAUGUUGUUCCUGACUGUCACCACUAGAUGGCGGCCUGGCAUCACGAUUUUUUUAAAGGACCAACGUUGUCGAAAGUGCUGAAGUUUUGGAAUGAUAAAGAAAUAAUGAAAAUCGGAAUUAAAAUAAUGACAUUAAUUAAUAGCUGAAUGAAUGAAUUGUAUCAUGUAGUGUAUGUUCUCUGUGAGGACGAAGAGAGUUCUUUGCUCUUUUCUCUCCACUGUGUUGUUAAUCUUUUUAAUGAGUAUUUUUCUGCACAAAGUCACUGGAUAUGUUACCAAAGGUUGACAUUUUCUCUGAGGCACCGGUAUCAUGUCAUGUGCACAUGCGAAUGUGUUAGGUACACCUUACACAGCCUACAGUACUAUUAUGAUUUAUUUGUGUGUGUGUGUGUGUUUUGGUUCUACUGUAACUCCUCAUGCAACCUUGAAAUUACAAGAGAUCAGCACAGUCUGUCUCGAUUCCAAUGUUAGAAUUUGAUUCAGAUUUAGGAGGACAAUUCUGGAUUCAGAGUAGAAUCCAAGACAGUCACUUAGUAACUUAUCCAGUGGGAUGUCAGAACAAAUAUACAUGAUUGCUAUUCAGAAUGUUUUACAUAUGGGUCACGCCAGCCCUCAGAGUCGUUUUUCUACAUGCCACAUGACAGCUGGUGAAGAGACUUAUGCUGUUAAAGACUUUUUGCUUCGUAGUAACCAAGAAUGCAAAAGUUCUGGUUAAAAAUCUUGAAGAACAUGCUUUAAGAACAUAAAGUAGAGCUGAAACAUAAAUGAACGUGGUACAGAGAAAAGGAAUAAAGUUCAUUUUCAUCGGGCUGUGUGGGAGAAUGCAGUAAAUAAUGGCAGAGUGAAAAGAGGACAUGCGCAGGUGUGUGAGUGGCGCCCGGUACUGCUGUUCCGGAGGUACUGCCCUGGGUAAACAUAUAGGUGAUUGCUGGCAGCCAGCUGGGAUGGCCCAGCCCGUGAGGUCAUUCCACCACUGAAAGGCUAGGCUGAGUUCGCUCACUAUUCUCUAUAUAGGGAAAUCUAUGUAGUUCACUAUAUAGGGAAUUAGUGAAAAAAGACGACAAUUUCGGACACCACAUUCCUAUUGCGAAUAGUAAACUACAGCGUCAGCAUCAACAGAAUAAAGCAGAUAAAGUGAAAA